GUCUGUACAGCCAAAGUAGAUCUUGGAAUUUUGAUAGAUGGUUCUGGCAGUAUAGAACAAACGGGACCUGGGAACUUUAAGCGGGAACUUAACUUUGUAAAGCAGAUUGUCAGUGCAUUCGAAGUCUCCAGAGAUGGCACACACGUUGGGAUUAUAAUUUUUUCUAGCGAUGCCAAGGUUUGUAUGCAAUUUUUUUUUUCGUCUGGUAAUUAUGAGCUUGGUAUCAGUAUUAUUAGUCAAUUUGAACUGGCAAAGUUCCUUUAGCCUUGGACCCUAUGCAGAAAAUAGGCUAUUAAAGGGAAUAGUAUUCUGAUAAUUGAAUUCAUAAGUACAGUACUGGAUCUACAGCAAGUGAGCGAAAGACUGGUUAUAAUGUGCUUUUUAAUUUUAAUACCAUAAAAAAUAUUAUUAUUCAUCUAAAAUAUUUCCCCAAUUCUGAUUGUCUAAAAGCACACGCAUAAUUCACCAUAACCAGUUACUGAUGACCAAAUUUGGAAGAAUUCUGUGUUUAACGAGGAAAUCACGUCAAAAAUGCAGCCUUCUGCAGGUUAAGGCACCGUUAACUGAGAAGACCUGGGGACGAGGUUGAGUUGUUUUGGUUGUGAAAAAAAAAUGGCGGACAUUUCACUCGUUUUCAAGAGUAAGAACUACAGCUGGAACUAGGCGAAAUAAUAACUAAAAACAUGGCAAAAACAGCAAGAACACAACUCAGAGGGCGACAUCUGCUAUUUGGAGAAUAUUUGCGGAGCUGGACAAUACCUAGACGUACAGUAUCGAAGAUGAACUUAACAUCGAUGCAGGUAAGCAUGUUUCAGCUAUGUUUUUAAACUAGGAAUUAUUUUGAAUGAAUAAUAAAGCAAUUAAUGAAUUCGGCUUUCGUAGGAUAUGAAGAAUUAAGCAGAUCUCGGAGGGUGUUAUCCACCUCGGCCUUCGGCCUCGGUAGAUAACACUCUCCUUGAUCUGCUUAAUUCUUCAUAUACUACUCAGCCUCAUUCAUUAAUUGCUAAUUAUACAAUUUUGAUAAUAUUGUUUUUUAUCUUUGGCCUAAGCCUAGCCGCUAUUCCUGCUUGUCCGAUAUUGUAACAGUUUCCAUUACCUGACCAAAUCAUUCACAUUCCUCGUUAGGCCCGGUUCUGUGGCCAAAAAAACGAUCGGCAAGCCGCGUUUUUUGCACUUUUUAGGUAGUUUCUGGCUUUGAUGAGCACUAUGACGAAAGCAGCACCUUAGCAGCAAUAGACAACAUUCAGUAUCCAAGAAUGGGUACAAAUAUCGGCCGCGCCUUGGAAUUAGCAAGAAACAACCUUUUUGGGAAAAGUGCUCGUCCAGGCAUUCCUAACAUGCUGAUCGUUCUUACCGAUGGGCAAUCACAAGAUCCUGUGACUGACGCGGCACAGAGAUUGCGGGAUUCUGCUGUGACCAUAUUUACAGUGGGGAUUGGUAAUGGUUACGACAUAGGACAGUUGAGGGAUAUGGCAACAGACCCAGAUUCACAACAUGUGUAUAAAGCGACCUUCAAUAACCUAGACGAAGUCGUUAAAUCCAUAAAGGACAGAGCUUGCAUGGGUAAAUUAGACACUUGAUUUUGUCAUCUGCUUUUAGUCCAAAAAGCCUUUUACCUCUUUAAAUGUGAAAAGUUUAUUAUUUAAAAAUCUGUUGUUAUUCAUUUUCCAGUCAAAAAAAUGUUAUUGUUUAUAAGAUUAUUCAUUUUAUAUUGAUGAGAAUGUGGUCUUCUGUCUUCCGUUUUAGGUGCUGGUGGAACAACCAAACCUCCACGUAAGUUAUAUAAGAGAAAUAAGGUCUACUUUAGACAUCAGACAUUGUUCUAAGGGCAGUGGCGGAUCCAGGGGAGGGGACCGGGGGGCCCGCCCCCCUUAUUUUUAGACCAAACUGAGGCCCGAAGGGCCGAAAGAUUGUUUUGGAGACCGCCUCGCCCCCUACACUUUUCAUACAAAGUAAAUCAUCAGCUUGGUGAAACUUAGAAAUAAUACUAAUGGUGAUCCGGCACUGUCUUAUCAAAAAAAGUUUCAGAAGAUGAGAAGAGAAGCUGGAAAAACCAGUUUGAAUGACUCUUGUGCCAAUGUUAUUGCUAAAUUUCACUGUAUAAAGAAUGAGGAGCACCAUUUAAGUUUUCAAAGGAAGAUACCAUAGUUAUCUUCCCAAAAGCGGGCAAAAUGAAAAGCAAGAGGUGUCACGGAAGAGGGGAGGUGGUUUGACAGGCAUUCCGGUUGUUAUACUACUACAUGAGAAAUUUCUGCAAUUUGAUUGGCUUAGAGCAGUGGUACUUCAGCUUAAUUUGAAAUACCUACGUGUGAAAAUUACAAAACCUUCUAUGGGUAGUAGUAUAAACAAAUAAUAGCAUGAUUUAUACGUGAUAUUUGGCAUAAAUACCACUCGUGAUAUUUCAAAACUGUCUCAAAUUACACUCGCCUAACGGCUCGUGAAAUUACGUAUAACAAUUUUGAAAUGUCACUCGUGAUAUUUAUGCCAAAUAUCACCACAAAUCAUGCUAUUACCUAUACUAAUGGAAUAUCAAAGGAUUUCUAUAUCAAACUAUCUGAGAUUUAAACUAAAUUUCUGUAUUAAUCAGUUUAUGGUUUUUUCUUUCUUGUUUGUUUGAAAUAGCUCGAGCGCCUGUUCCUACGAUUUCAAGUAAGUUUAAAGCGCUCGUUCUCGUGAACAAAAAGAGAUUUACUGCAUGCUAUUUUGAAGUACAGAUAAUACCAUGACAGGACAAGUCUCCCAGUUUACUUUAUGGGGAGUAUAUUAGAGUAGUUGAUGUUAAUUCUAUACGGAAUCAACUGAAUUAAUUAGCUUGUUUGGUGAUGUCUAUGAUGUGUACCAACCGAUCAUGUUCAUGUCAUCAUAAUAAAUGUGUUCGUCCUUGGGUGACUGGUCAUGCAAUGAACCGGUCGGAAACGGGACCUUCAAACCGCGAGGAGGAGAUUCCGAGACAAUAAGACGAGCUCGGUUUCUGACUGCUCUUGCCCAAAUUUAAGUAAAUAACCAUCUGUUUUGGAUUGCUACUCUUUCUCAAUAACGUUUCUCAACAACUGUCUUUAACAAGAACACCAAAUUCAUCGCAAACAAUUGCAAAGUUUGAUAUUUGAACAUUUUUCCACUGAUGGUCUCCUUGCCUUGUAGUAUGUAAAGCCAAGGUGGACCUUGCCAUUCUUGUAGAUGGAUCAGGAAGUAUAGAAUACUUUGGCAAAGGGAAUUUUAAAAGAUGCCUCCGCUUCGUCAAAAGGCUGAUCAGAGGGUUCAACAUUGCCAGAGAUGGAACGCACGUUGGAAUUGUUGUAUUUUCCCAAAAGGCAGACGUUAUUUUUGGAUUUGAAACAUAUUUCAGUCUUCCACAAAUCUUAAAAGCUAUUAACGGGAUUCGAUAUCCUGGUAGAAGCACUUACACCGGAAGGGCAUUGGACGUGGUGCGGACGAGCUUGUUUGAUGCCAGUGCAAGGCAGGGCGUGCCUAAUAUACUGGUGGUAAUGACCGACGGUUCUUCACAGGUCAGUUUCAGAAAGUAAAUAAAUAUUUGUAUCGUUUAAAAGUAUGGUUAUUGUUCAUCGCGGCAACGUACAAUGGCUACUAGAAUCGCAUAAUCCUUCUGGGGGGGAGUUAAGCAAGAAUUUGAUUAUGCGUCUCGUGGUUAGUCCAGCAUAAAGUCGGGCCAAAAAGCAUUAUGAGUCUGUAUAUUGUCUGUAGAUCGACUUGAAAGCCGCAUGAGAUCGAUAGUUCCGCUAAGUGUAAUGUACGACUGUGUAAAUUGUCGAUGUACAAAUUAUGUGUUCGUAUGGUUAAAUACCAUAAAUGCCAAUACUUGUUAGUAUAACGAUGGGCGAAAACAGAUUUUUUUUUUUUUUAUCAAGAAGAACUAUCUGGCUUUGCACAUCUGAAAUGACAGAGAGCUGAGAGCGUCUAAUAGUUCGGCAUCCCGACUUUGUAAGUUACCGUGGAUAGCCACGAUCGCUAAGAAAAUCAACAUCAGGGCUUUGAAUUGGCUCUUUUCCUAUCUUCCAUGGACUACCUGUACGUGAUACAAUAUAUAUAAAUUCUUUAUUUUUCCUCUUUUGUAGGAUGAUAUAGAUGAGCCUUCAAAAAAAUUGCGAGAUAUGGGUGUAACAGUUUUUAGUUUGGGCGUGGGAAAUGCAUUUGAUGUGAAUCAACUUAAUACCAUGGCAACAGACCCGGACCGUGAGCAUGUGUUUACAGCAGAUUUUAAGCAAUUAGGUUCCUCGGUUAUUGAGAAGAUCAAAGAAAAAGCAUGUAAAGGUGAGUUGUGUUUGCACUUUUGAAGGGAGGCAGCUUGGUCGAGUGGUCAGCGCGUCGGACUCGCAAUCCGGCGGUCCCAGGUUCGAGUCCCGCCCUGGCCUCUUGCUGGAUUUGUUCUCGGUCAUCCCGAGCUCAAAUCCUCGGUCACGCUUGUAAAUAGCCAACUGGUUGGCUCCUGCCAGUUUCGGUUUCAAAUCCUGCUAUGCUGUAUUUGAAUUAUUUGUUUUCUAAGUAUUUACUGAUUGUAAAGCUCUUUGUAUCACUAAGAGAAAUUCGCUAUAUAAGUGUAUAUUAUUAUUAUUACUUGGUUAAGUCACAUGUUCCAGUGCCAGUGGUAGUGUUCUGGUGUCAUACAAAAUUCUUCAAAGCUUGAUAAAAUUAAUCCUCUUUUUUUAGGUUCUGGUGGAGUACUUCAACCUGUAGGUAUGAUCUUGGUAUUUUCAAGCUCUGUUUUCCAAAGAGCUCUGUUUCGUUUAGCUCGUGGAAAUGAGUAUUUUAAAAAUCGUAUUCUCUGCAUGCUGCAGCGUUGUCUUUUCUUUUGAAAAAAACCCUUAGUUCCAUAUCGUCAGGCUCCUCAGUCUAAUUCCGUACCUAGAUCUCUCACUCUAUCUUACGCUGGGAGAUCUGGGUUGAAGAUUCCUGUCCCCGACGUACUUAGAAACCGACGCGAAAUAUACUCACUGCUAGUUAAACAUAGUUUGAGUCUUCAAAAGUAGGUGGAGCAUGAUCGUCCAGGUGAGCGUAGUCCUGAAUAGUAAUGUCGUUGACAGUGACUGACAUAACUCAGAAAAUGACUAAAGCACAGGUUGUUGAAACGUCAGUCACCAUCAACAACAGUCCUUUUCAGGACUACGCUCAACCGGAUGAUCAUUCUCCAUCUACCUUUGAAAUGACCCUUGGGUUCAACCCUUGUACAGUUUUAUAGCUGGAGACUAGAAUCCAAUUUUACGCGCACGGGUUACCGGAAUCACAAGACUUCUAGUUGUUUCGCUCGUGCUUAUGCUUUGGGGGAUACGGUUACAUUAGCAUUUUCUAUUGCAACAUAAUCUCACCCCCUACCCCGACUCUUAUAUAGCCUCCUGCAGGGCGUGUCUCCUUCUCGCGCGCCCGUUUUUUCUUGUGCUCACUACUUCCAAGCGCCUGCUACGCAGGCUAACUCUUAUAUAGCCUAUGUAAUCCAGAUUCACUUGAAUUUCGGAUAAAAUAAUCAGUAUAUAAUUGGGAAAGGCGACGUGCAAGCAAAACAGCCAAAAAAUUGGUAUUCAUUUUGGUACCUUCUUUCUUGCAGCGGCAAAUAGGCUGCCAUCAGGGAAAAGGCUAAAACGUGAGUAGAUUUAUGUACGAUUGUUUUAGGUGUGCGUUUGCAAAGUGUCCAAAUUUCCGCGAAUUUCCUUCUAAGGAACUGUCGUGGUAUUCGCCAGGGGAUGAAAUGAAACUCAGUCUCUGGGAGAUAUGGGGUAGAAUGUGCGUAAAAUGAUGAAGUGCUAGCUAGGAUAUAGAGACUACUGCUGAAAAUGCGUUCAGAUAAAGCUUUCAUCUUAAUUUGCGGCUAUUGAAUUAAUGUUGAAUCAAUCUUAAAAUUCUUGAGCCUUUAGCGCUCCAAUUUUGAAUCUUUGACAAAUAAUUACUGUCUUGCCUGGCUGCAAAGAAUAUUUUUAUGACUUCAUGUAUGUAUGCAAGGCGGUGUAGAUUUUCUUAAUUUUGAAUUUCCUUGACUGAACCGAUCUCUUAUUUUUUUACAGAAUGCUUGCAGCCUCUCGGAAUGGAGAGCAAAUACAUACCGGACUCUCAGAUCACAGCCUCGUCUGAGUGGAACAGUCAUCACGGCCCUUCAAAUGCCAGACUGAACUUUCAGGCUGGAGGGGGAAGAACUGGUGCAUGGUCUUCUAAAACUAAUGACGUUAAUCAGUGGCUGCAGGUGGAUCUCGGACAGAAAACAAGGGUGACAGGUAUAAGGACUCAGGGACGAUCAGACUUUAACCAGUGGGUUACAAGCUUUACCGUUUCCUACAGUGACGACGGCGUAAACUUCACACCNAAAACUAAUGACGUUAAUCAGUGGCUGCAGGUGGAUCUCGGACAGAAAACAAGGGUGACAGGUAUAAGGACUCAGGGACGAUCAGACUUUAACCAGUGGGUUACAAGCUUUACCGUUUCCUACAGUGACGACGGCGUAAACUUCACACCCUAUAACCCAAACACGGUAUGGAAUGAUUGUAUUCCAGUGCUGAUAUCUUUUGCGAAAAUCACAACAACGUUUUACACAUCAGUUUUUACUCAUUGUACUUAUCCUGACCCAGGCAAAUAGUAAUUGUGAUUCCAAGAGACAAACUUGCCCAAUGCAUUGUUGAUCGUGAAAAUGGUUUAUCUUUUUCAAUUGUAGGACUUCAGUGGAAAUAGCGACCGUAACACCGUUGUGACAAACCGUUUUAGACCAUCCAUCCUUGCUCGCUACGUUCGUGUUCAUCCUAAAACAUGGGGCGGACACAUCUCUAUGAGGAUAGAGCUCUUGGGUUGCGCAUCAGGUAAUGCCAACCGGUACAACGGGAAUGCAGUCGUUUCUUCCGGAAGCAGCGACCUCCCAAUAUACUAAGAUUUGGUAGUCGCUAAAAGGGGGUUCUUGCACCUCACGGGCUUGUUUUGAUUAUAUGACAACUGGCGACAAAAUUGUUGAGACAUUGUCCUCAAAUGGGAUAACUCGUGAGAACAAAACAAUCCAAACCUCCCCCUCUCCUCCAUUAAAUGUAGGUGUUUGAUGUUUUCUACAGGAAGCUCGAAUAGCGGCACAACAUUGAAUGGAGGGGAUGGGGGAGCGAAAGCUUUCUUUUCCCCUUUUUAAGAUAGCAAAACGUUAGAAUGGCCCUUUAGGGCGAAGUGUUUCAACUUAUUUUGUCGCCGAUUGUAGUUUGUUAUGAGUUUAGUUUGGAGACAUAUUGACCUUCACUUUGAUUCUUAUAUGAAACAGCAUCAACUGAAUAAUGUAUUUCGUCACGCCGAAAUACCUGUCUCCUGUGGUAACACAAUUAGUUACCAAUGGUUUCUGUUGACACGAUGAACUUUCAGGGUCUUAAUAUUGUAAUUUUAGUUAAGUUUCCGCUAUCAUUUUGUUUUUCGCGUUAAAUCUCUCCAACCAAAUUAAAGAUAACUGCCGUCAGGGAGCACAAUACCCGUGGUAACUAUUUUUAGAAUAGCGUCCCAUAUGCAGUAAUCCGGCAGAGGAAGUGCAAAAACCACUAGUUAAGUCAUUUUGGCACCUGAUAAAACUUCAGGAGUUCUCAUUUUCUGUCUAGUAGAAUGUGAUCCCCUCACCAUCUCUGACAAUUAAUUCCUUAUUGCAUGUUUUGUCAAAGGACUACUGAUAUUUUUCGUCCAUUCCCGUAUUAUCGUGCUCAUUUUUUGCUUGCGGGAGCGGGACGAAUGUCAUUGCGGCGAAGGAUACUAAGUGAGUAGAUUUAUGCGAAUUCGCAGCUACUUGGAAAUUGUAUUACUUACUGAUCUCCAGACUUCGUUCAUAAUGGCCAAAAUCAUUGUUUUACACUGACGAAUCACCGUAAGUGAAAGCCCCUGAUCUGGCACUCUUUUAGUUGGCCUCAAAGUUUUGCGAAGGUGUUCCAACGUUGGAUUAAUGAGCUUCUACAGAAAUUGCUGUAGCGCAAAUAGUUAGACACUAACAUAUAAAAUGCUUUCUCCUAUUUCUAGGAUAUUAUACUGUCGGAUGUUUUAAAGAUAGCCCCGAUCGCGCGAUUCCAACAAUGGAAGGAAAAGAUCCUAUUCUGGAUGGAAAGUACCCUGUACGUAAGAAUCCCAUUGUAAAGUGUGCCAAAGCAGCUUUGAGGGCAGGCUAUAAAAUGUUCGCAGUUCAGGAUGGUGGAUGGUGUGCAGCCAGUGCUACUGCACCACAGACCUAUAACAAACAUGGCAGAUCUGCUGCUUGUAAACCUGAUGGCGAGGGUGGACCUUGGGCUAAUCAAGUUUACUCUUUUAGAAGUAAGAUGUUUGAUUCCCGAGUUCAGUUAAGUUUGUCGGCUCUAUUAUUAUUUUACAUGAAGUAGAAUUCCUUUGUUUGUUUUCUUCUAGCAGGGAGUUCAUGAUUAAUGCCUCCAAAUCAGAUUUCUGAAAACCUGAGUGCAGCUUUGAUUGUUUGAGGUGGUCAUGCAAAAAUAUUCAGGAGGAACGAAUAAAAAAUUCCGUAUUGUUUGGCUGUUGUUAAUUUAACACGACGCUUUAACUCUAUAAAGAGGUUUAAAGAGUACCAGAUUUGAUUUUAACAAUAUUUAGUGUUAUCUUUAAUCCUGAUUUCGUAGACAAAAUUGCCUAGUUAGAGGGAAAUAACUAAAAUUGCUGAACUGUUUUUAAUUUAAAAAUUCCAAACCUGAAUGUCACUUUCUCUUCCUGGUAGACCUUUGCUUGCGCUCUUUUACCCAGUCAUCCUAAAUUCAUUGCAGGACCCGUUGACUUCUUUGCCGUAUGUUGAAGAGUUUGUGGCUCAUAGCUGUACUACCUAAGUGGCCCAGAUUUUCCUCUGUAAAUUAUCGUCAAUCGCAAUCCUCUGUCUGGAAAUGACAACUCAGCAGUUUCUGGCUCCUCCUCUCGGACGGUUCCAGAUAGUUAUCCGAAUGUUAAGCUCAAAUACCGCUCAAAAGCUUCUUUGUGUAUAAAACCUUGUGAUUUUUCAUCACUCGACGUUACUGUUUUAAGCAUGACUUAAGACAACUUAUUCGAAAUGCGACUUUGAAAUCUUUGCAUAUAAUUAACUCACUGAAAACUAUUUGGAGCUUUGUUUAUACCACCAAUAUCACAACGGAAUGUAGAGAUACAAAAGAAGGUGAAAGGUAGACGCGCUUUUCUUUAUUUCAUUUUUGGAUCCCUUAGAAUCCCGGCCAUUAAAGGUUGAAGAUAAAGAUAAGCCGUUUAUCGCCUUUUAGCUCGUAGUCAUUUGAUAUAUCCACCUCGGGCUGCGGCCUCGGUCGAUAUAUCACAUGAUCACCCCUCGCUUCAAGCUAAUAACCCUCAGUUAUAGACCUAUUUCAUAAUGGCAGCCUGGUAAUAUAUUUUUUUAUGUGUAUGAUAAUUCUCCUUCCUGACCUCGCUGGGCCGCCAUUAUGAAAGAAGUCAGUAUAUUUGUGUUCUACUGAGGAGUAGUAAGACCAAGCGGGUUAACACCACGAACGUCGGAUAUGAAGGGCCCGAAGGCUCAAGCCUUGCAAUCGCGUUUCCUCAGUAAAACAGAAUUUCUCUUCCUCUUUGUGUCUCUUCAAGGUGUCUAAAUAUGUACUGGUGACAUGCUGUUAGAGACAACCCUGCUGAAGUUAAAAAAAAAAAAAAAACGGUUCUGUAGUCGAAGGCGCCAGCAGAUUCCCACCUACAAUUAUUAAAAAAUCGAAUUUGAGUGUUUUUAUCACGGUUAAGACGAAUAAUUGCAGCAGGAAACCCAUACCAUUACUUUCCAGGAAAAGGUGGAUUUUCUGCGGAUGCAGUUGGCGAAGACAGUGAGGAAAUUAUUGGGGAAGACGAAAUGAAGGAACAGCUAGAUUCUGAUCUCAGUGAGCAGACGGUUUACGAAGCCGCCAAUGGAGGAGUUUUAGAUGAGUUUCAAAAUGACGAGGAGCAGGCGCUAAAUGCAACAAGGCAGGGUGAAUAUGAAAACCAAAGCGAUCCCGUAGGAGCUGAAUUUGACCAGCAGAUGACUGAAGCGGCGUAUAACAUUGCUGGGAAUAGUGAUGCUGAACUGGAACAAAAGACUACAAAGAUUUUUAAUAAUACUGGUAUGUCCGAUGAAAUAGAUAAUCAGGGUACAAAUUUAGCUUAUAAGCAGAAUGUGUCAGGGAUGUCACUGGCGAGAGGAACAGAACCUUUGAAGAAUGAUUCCCAAAAAGAAUACAGAGGUAUGGGAAUAAAGGCAUCAGUUCCUAACAUUGGAAAUAGAAAUCCUGUUCUUGAAAUGGAAGGAACAACAGUCUCUGACGAGCAGAGAACAGCUGCGAUGGAGCAGACGGAAGAGCCGGGAACCUUGACUAACGAAGAACCGUUCUCCCAACUUUAA